CACUCUGAAGAAGCGGUAUGUGGACGCAUGGCGGUGCAUGCGGUGUUUCCGCGCAAAGGACUUUCGAAAGGACCCCAACUCUGGCUCUGCCAGCGACCCGGAUUACUUUAUGGACGCCUUGAUCAUGGAUUGCGGAUGUGGAGCGGAGACCGUUCGCAUGAUUGAGAACUAUUUGCUUGUGUGUAAGUGGUGUGGAGGGUCGAUUCGACGACCACGUGAGGAUUGAGAAAGUGGCAUUUUGCUUCUUUCUUGGGAAGACUCGAGUGAAGCUUGGACGACGAGAUUAGACUGGACGACUGGGUGACUAGAUUAGACCGGGUACAAAUACUCUGUGUGUCGUGAACAGCCUUAAGAGAAGCUUAUGCCUACCUACCCACCUGUCUACCUGUAGGUUACGUAUAGCAGAGGAAGCGCUAGGAAGACUGUAGACAUAUACAUUGGGCUCUCGAGAAAGCUCGAAAAUCAUCCACUUGUCCCAGAGGCUUAUCCUCAAUGGCCAAUAUAUAUG